AAGAUCGCCAACGCGCAGGUCGGGGGGAAGGCGAGUGAGUACAAACAGACACUGCAGGACACCUAGCCGGGGUUGCCUGCUUCGUUCUCAAGAACCGCCUCGCGCGCCAGUCCGGCUCGCUCACAGUGAAGGACGCCAACGAGGUGCUGGACAAGAUCGCCAACGCGCAGGUCGGGGGGAAGGCGAGUGAGUACAAACAGACACUGCAGGACACCUAGCCGGGGUUGCCUGCUUCGUUCUCAAGAACCGCCUCGCGCGCCAGUCCGGCUCGCUCACAGUGAAGGACGCCAACGAGGUGCUGGACAAGAUCGCCAACGCGCAGGUCGGGGGGAAGGCGAGAGUACUGGACGAGGCCUUCGGCACAGUAUUCCGUCAGCUGAGCGCCAAGCAACUGAAGUGGUUCCUACGUGUAGUGCUGAGGACCUCCGCCUGCGGAUAGGCCAGGCGAGGCUCCUGGCUGCCAUGCACCCUGAUGCCCCUGAGUACUAUGACUCUUGCAGCAACCUGCUUAAGACCUGUUCGGAGUUGGAGCCAGGCACGGCGCGCCCUCUGGAGCUCGGCGUGCAAGUGUUCUGCGCCGUCAGCCCCAUGCUGUCAGAGCGCCUCGACGUGACGCGCGUGUUGCGGUUACCACCUGCAGCUUACAUUGUGGAGGAUAAGUUCGAUGGCGAGCGGUUUCAGAUCCACAUGCAAGAUGGCGUGUUCGAGUAUUUCUCCCGCAAGGGCCACGCGUACGGGAACCACUACGGCACCGGAGACGACAACGGUCUGCUGACUCCAAAACUACGAAACGGACUCGAUCCAGGAGUUAAAAGUAUGGUGCUGGACGGCGAGAUGAUGGGCUGGCACAAGCAGCGCCAGGUCUUCGGUAGCAAAGGCAUGUCCUUUGACGUGAAGAAGAUAACCGAAAACUCCGCCUUCCAACCAUGCUUCUGCGCCUUCGACGUGCUCCACUACAACGGACGGAACCUAGCCGGCCCGGCCGGCAGCGGCGGGGCUCCUCUACGGGAACGACUCGCUAUACUGGACUCCAUCGUAACAGACGUUCCAGGAGUGUUGCUGCGAAGCAAGCGCCGUCAAGUCACUGAUCUUUCGGAGAUCCUGGAGGCGCUAAACAGAGCGAUCGAGGACCAGGAGGAAGGCAUCGUGGUGAAAGACCUGGACUCGCACUACCUGGCCAACCGCCGCAAUGCCGGCUGGUACAAGGUCAAACCCGAGUACACGGAAGGUACGAUGGUGGAACUGGAUUUAGUGGUGGUUGGCGCAGAGGAAGCCAGCGACAAGCGGCGCGGGCGCGCGCGCAGCUUCCACGUCGCCUGCGCGGACGGCGCGCCCGGGCGCCCCCACCGCUGGGUGGUGGUGGGUCGCGUGGCUACAGGCCUGACGUUCGAGCAGCGCGAGACGUUGUGCGCGACGCUGGAGCGCCACUGGGUGUCGAGGAGGGACGCGCCGCCGCCCGCCUGCCUCGUCUUCAACAAGGAGAAGCCGGACUUCUGGGUCCUGCCCGAACAUUCCAUCAUUUUACAAGUGCGCGCGACGGAGCUAAUCCGCAGCACGGACUUCGGCACGUCGCACACGCUGCGGUUCCCGCGCGUCACGGCGGUGCGCGACGACAAGCCCGCGGCGGACGCCAUGCCUCUAGCCGAGUUCAACGCGCUGGUCAAGGACGGGUCGGUGGUGAAGCUCAGCAAGCGGCCGGUGGCGGCGGCCGCGCUGGAGCCCGGAGCCGCGCCGCGCCGCAAGCGCACGGCGCGCGGGCCGGAAGUGCCCGCGCAGUUCCGCACGCAACCUGUGCAGGACGUCGAGGUGGUGUCCGCGGCGCUGAGAGGGCGAGAGAUCUGCGUGCUGUCGGGCGACGAAGUCAGCAGUAAGGCCGACCUCGUGCGUUUGGUGCAGUCUCACGGCGGCCGACACGUCGAGAACGUAGGGCCUUCGACAUGGUGCUGUGUGUCGGGGCGGCGGGCGCGGGGCGCGGGCGCGGCGGCGGCGCGGGGCGCGGACGUGGCGGCGGCCGCCUGGCUGCGCGCGCUGCCGCCCGCGCGCGCGCCCGCGCAGCUCGCGCCGCUGGACCUGCUGGCGGCCAGCGCGGCCACGAGGGCGGCCAUGUGUCGGCGGUACGACCGCUUCGGGGACAGCUACGUGGACGCCACCGACGAGGACACGCUCCGCCGGUGCUUCAUGAAAGUAGACGAGGAGCCCGAGAUCUACCUGACCCGCACCGAGAUGCUCAAAGUGGACCGCCUGCUCUUCGGCGACCAGCACCCCUUCUCCUUCCUCCGCAACUGCGCCCUCCACUUCCCCUCCCCCGCCAGCAACACGCUCGUCGCCCGGAUGUACGGGGCGGCCGUCGUGGAGCCCCACGAGCCUGCUCUGACGCAUAUAGUCCUGCCGCGGGGCUCCGGCGCGGCGGACGUGUCGCGCGCCGAGCGGCUCGGCCGGGGGCUGCUGGUGUCGGAGGAGUGGCUGGACGCGUGCGUGGAGCAGCAACAGUAUGUCAGUGAGAAGCCGUUUCUGUUUAACAGUAUACAUUUGUAUGUGCCUUAACUUACUGAAUAAAGAAAGUAUACUUGUGUAA